CAACAACAGUUUACGACGAGGAUAACUGUUUCCGGGAGGUUUAUUAUCAAUGAUUUUGUUAGUUCUGUGAGAUUAAAACACUAUACCUGUGUUUGUUUUUUGUGGUUUCCAAAAUGUCUUACAACUACGUGGUAACAGCGCAGAAGCCUACAGCAGUCAACGCCUGCAUAACAGGUCAUUUCACAUCUGCAGAGGAUCUCAAUCUGCUCAUAGCCAAAAACACACGUUUGGAAAUCUAUGUGGUCACAGCUGAAGGACUGCGACCAGUCAAGGAAGUUGGCAUGUAUGGCAGGAUUUCUGUUAUGGAGCUCUUCCGGCCAAAGGGUGAGAGUAAGGACCUGCUGUUCAUUCUCACAUCCAAGUACAACGCUUGCAUCCUUGAGUACAAACAGAAUGGCGACAGCAUUGACAUCAUCACCCGCGCUCAUGGAAAUGUGCAGGAUCGCAUUGGACGGCCAUCAGAGACGGGCAUUAUCGGAAUUGUGGAUCCGGAGUGUCGCAUGAUUGGUCUGAGGCUGUACGACGGUUUGUUCAAGGUGAUCCCCCUGGACCGCGAGAACCGCGAGCUUAAAGCCUUUAACAUCCGUCUGGAGGAGCUGCAGGUCAUCGAUGUCCACUUCCUGUAUGGCUGCCAGGCUCCAACUGUCUGUUUCAUCUAUCAGGACCCACAAGGACGCCACGUAAAGACCUACGAGGUUUCUCUUAGAGAGAAAGAGUUCAACAAAGGUCCAUGGAAACAAGAGAACGUGGAGGCAGAGGCAUCCAUGGUCAUUCCAGUGCCCGAGCCGUUUGGUGGAGCUAUAAUCAUAGGACAGGAGUCCAUCACCUACCACAACGGAGACAAAUACCUGGCGAUUGCCCCUCCUACUAUCAAGCAAAGCACCAUCGUGUGCCACAACCGCGUGGACCCCAACGGCUCCCGCUACCUGCUGGGUGACAUGGAGGGCCGCCUGUUCAUGCUGCUGCUGGAGAAGGAGGAGCUAAUGGACGGCACAGUGGCGCUCAAAGACCUGCACGUGGAGCUACUGGGAGAGACAUCCAUUGCUGAGUGUUUGACCUACUUGGACAACGGUGUGGUGUUUGUGGGCUCCAGACUUGGUGACUCGCAGCUUGUGAAGCUCAACGUUGACAGCAAUGAACAGGGCUCCUAUGUGACCGUCAUGGAGACCUUCACUAAUCUGGGACCUAUUCUGGACAUGUGCGUGGUCGACCUGGAGCGGCAAGGCCAGGGACAGCUGGUGACUUGCUCAGGAGCGUUCAAAGAGGGCUCUCUUCGGAUCAUCCGCAACGGCAUUGGGAUUCAUGAGCAUGCCAGCAUCGACCUGCCAGGAAUCAAAGGUUUGUGGCCGCUGCGCUCGGAGGCGGGCAGAGAGUCCGACGAUAUGCUGGUGCUGUCGUUCGUGGGUCAAACUCGUGUAUUGAUGCUGAGUGGAGAGGAGGUGGAGGAGACAGAACUUCCAGGCUUUGUGGACAACCAGCAGACGUUUUACUGUGGCAACGUGGCGCACCAACAGCUCAUUCAGAUCACAUCGGGCUCUGUGCGGCUGGUGCUUCAGGACAGUAAAGCCUUAGUGAGUGAAUGGAAGGAGCCUCAGGGCCGCAACAUCAGCGUGGCGGCAUGCAAUCACACGCAGGUGGUGCUAGCUGUGGGACGCGCCCUCUACUACCUGCAGAUCCUGGCAGGAGAGCUCAAACAGAUCAGUACCACGGAGAUGGAGCACGAGGUGGCGUGUCUGGACAUCACGCCGCUGGGGGAGAGCAGCAGCGAGUCGCCGCUCUGUGCCGUGGGGCUGUGGACAGACAUCUCGGCUCGGAUGCUCAAACUCCCCUGCUUCACACCGCUCCAUAAGGAGAUGUUGGGUGGAGAGAUCAUCCCCCGCUCAAUACUAAUGACCACAUUUGAAGGCAGCUACUACCUGCUGUGUGCCCUCGGAGAUGGAGCGCUCUUCUACUUCGGUCUUGACCUGCAGACGGGUGCACUCAGUGAGCGCAAGAAAGUCACCCUUGGCACUCAGCCAACCGUACUGAGGACCUUUAGAUCCUUGUCCACCUCCAACGUCUUUGCCUGCUCUGACCGACCCACGGUCAUCUACUCAUCCAAUCACAAACUGGUGUUUUCCAAUGUCAACCUCAAGGAGGUCAAUUACAUGUGCCCACUCAACUCUGAAGGCUAUCCUGACAGUUUGGCUUUGGCCAACAACAGCACUCUGACCAUUGGCACCAUUGACGAAAUUCAGAAACUUCACAUUCGCACGGUUCCCCUCUACGAGUCUCCCAGGCGCAUCUGUUACCAGGAGGUUUCCCAGUGCUUUGGGGUUCUGUCCAGCAGGGUGGAGAUUCAGGAUGCAAGCGGCGCCAUAUCUGCUGUAAGGCCAAGUGCAAGCACUCAGGCACUGUCCAGCAGCGUGAGCUCCAGCAAGCUCUUCCCCAGCAGUACGUCUCCACAUGAGACCUCCUUCGGUGAGGAAGUGGAGGUUCACAGUCUGCUAGUAGUGGAUCAACACACCUUCGAAGUUCUCCACGCCCAUCAGUUUCUCCCCAGCGAGUAUGGCCUCAGCUUGGUGUCAUGCCGUCUUGGAAAAGACCCGUCUGUGUACUUCAUCGUGGGAACUGCCAUGGUGUACCCAGAGGAGCCUGAACCUAAGCAGGGGCGCAUCAUUGUCUUCCAUUACACUGACGGUAAGCUGCAAACCGUGGCAGAGAAGGAGGUGAAAGGAGCCGUCUAUUCUAUGGUGGAGUUCAACGGCAAGCUGCUGGCCAGCAUUAAUAGCACAGUCCGUCUGUACGAGUGGACGGCUGAGAAGGAGCUGAGGACCGAGUGCAACCAUUACAACAACAUCAUGGCUCUUUACCUGAAGACUAAAGGAGACUUCAUCCUGGUGGGAGACCUGAUGAGGUCUGUGCUGCUGCUGGCCUACAAACCCAUGGAAGGCAACUUUGAAGAGAUUGCUCGGGAUUUCAACCCUAAUUGGAUGAGCGCCGUGGAAAUUCUGGAUGACGAUAACUUUCUGGGAGCAGAGAACGCAUUCAACCUGUUUGUCUGCCAAAAGGACAGCGCGGCCACCACAGACGAGGAGAGGCAACACCUGCAGGAGGUGGGGGUUUUUCACCUUGGCGAGUUUGUUAAUGUCUUCUGCCACGGCUCGCUGGUACUGCAGAACCUCGGGGAGAGCUCCACCCCCACCCAAGGCUCCGUGCUCUUUGGCACCGUCAACGGCAUGAUCGGUCUGGUCACAUCCCUGUCUGAGGGCUGGCACAGCCUUCUCCUGGACCUCCAGAACCGCCUCAACAAAGUCAUCAAAAGUGUGGGAAAGAUCGAGCACAGCUUCUGGAGGUCCUUCUACACAGAGCGUAAAACGGAGCAGGCCACAGGAUUCAUAGACGGGGACCUGAUCGAAAGCUUCCUGGAUCUCGGCCGGGCAAAGAUGCAGGAGGUCGUCAGCACUCUCCAAAUCGAUGAUGGUGGCGGCAUGAAGCGUGAGGCCACAGUGGACGAGGUGAUCAAGAUCGUGGAGGAGCUGACGAGGAUCCACUAGUGUGGCUCGCCGUUCGGGGGGGGGUCCAUUGAAACUGCUACUGUGGUGGGGGGGUUUUCCAGAUGUGUAAAUAACUAUAAAUAAAUGAUGUGUUCCCGUUUGUCCUUCAGACGUCAAUGACUUGUCAGCUGUUAAGAGUGCAGGCCCCCCCCACCUCAUUUAAGACGAAAGUCCAAGCGGGUAAUGACCCGUUUCCAAACCCCGACAACCAUCUUGGUCUGCGUGUGUUUGCGUGUGCGCGUGUGCGUGACGAGGAAAAAUCGCCGAUUUUUCGGCACCAAAAAGCUCUCUGGGACAUUUGUGACCAUAACUGGCAAACUGAUCCUCCGAGAUCAGAUCUGACUGAUUUAGACUUCCAGGUGUGAUCCGCUAGCGUCUGGAGUGAACCUGCUGGAAGAGAAAUAAAAUGAGGAAGAUGAUAGAUUUAUAGCUAUUUUGUCUUUGUGAAGGUUUCCUUGUUUAUUUCAAAUAAACUUUGCUUUAGUACUGAUAA